AUGAACAAACAACAGCAAGCUAUGAACAAACAACAGCAAGCUAUGAACAAACUACAGCAAGCUAUGAACAAACUACAGCAAGCUAUGAACAAACAACAGCAAGCUAUGAACAAACAACAGCAAGCUACGAAGAAACUACAGCAAGCUAUGAACAAACAACAGCAAGCUACGAAGAAACUACAGCAAGCUAUGAACAAACAACAGCAAGCUACGAAGAAACUACAGCAAGCUAUGAACAAACAACAGCAAGCUAUAAACAAACUACAGCAAGCUACGAAGAAACUACAGCAAGCUAUGAACAAACAACAGCAAGCUAUGAACAAACAACAGCAAGCUAUGAACAAACUACAGCAAGCUAUGAACAAACAACAGCAAGCUAUGAACAAACAACAGCAAGCUAUGAACAAACAACAGCAAGCUAUGAACAAACUACAGCAAGCUACGAAGAAACUACAGCAAGCUAUGAACAAACUACAGCAAGCUAUGAACAAACAACAGCAAGCUAAGCCUUUGACAAAUGUGACCAUUUAG